AUGCCAGUCCGUCUAACUUCGGCGGCACGACACCUGCAAGCCGUGGAUCUAGCAUCCGAAUGCCGCGUUUUUUCAAAAGGUGCGCUCUUUGAGGACUCCUGUGGGCUAGAAGAUAAUGUCAACACGGAGAUGUUCAAGUUUCCACAGAUGGACUUUGAAAUGGCUAUAUGGGAGAUGACAUCACUGCUAAUCGCUCCUAAGAAAGUUUUCAAAUCCAUCUACUACCAUGUGAGUGUAGCCUUAAUUGCUGGUCUUCUAAGUGCAGAUGUGCUAAUUAUGUCUUAUGGUAGAAACGUAGGUACCAACAACCCCAGAAGGCACAUCCUGAUUGAUGAGACGACGGAAGAAAAUACUUGGCAUCGGCCUGAUCCCUCUUUCACAUAUCUACUUUCCUUCUUCUUGCUCCUCACAGCUCUCGCGUGGGGUCUCGCAUAUGCACCUUCUUUCGGGGCUAUUGUCCGCCUGUCUCUGCUGUUCAUCUUUCUCCAUUUCAUCGGGUCCUCACUGCUGGUGUCAACAAUAGGGUAUUUUGCCAUCGGGCGACUUUUCGGUCCAGAUGGAGCAGCAUCUUCCCUCUCUGGGUUGCGAGGCGGACGUGGACGGAGACGUGGUGCAGCGCAAGGCUUGUUCGUGCAACCGGGCGAAAAGGAUCAAUUGGAAUUUGGAUAUUGCUUUGAUGUAUCUAACCGGGCAUUCUUCCCCCUCUACCUUCACCUGUAUGUCGUUCAGUUCCUUCUCCUGCCGCUUCUAACGCGCAGUCCGAGCAAUUUCCUCGCCACAUUCCUCGGGAACACGCUCUAUCUUUCCGCCUUGGCCUAUUACACAUACAUUACCUUCUUGGGGUACAAUGCCCUUCCGUUCUUGCAUAAUACCGAGUUACUCUUGCUUCCAAUCCUCGCGUUCGCGAUUCUGUGGCUUGUGAGUUUAAUUGCGGGAUGGGGCAUUGUAGCGCAAGGAGGUAGCGUGGAAGGGCUUUUCUGGGGUGCCUGA